CACUUCUGCUUCCUCAGUGACCCUGGCACAGAGGGACCUUCCCAGCUCCCCUCCCCAGCCACAGCCAGGCCCCAAGAGACCAGACACAGACCUUCCCCAUCUGUGUCUGCCCCACUUAGGGGGGAGCGGCUGGCUGGGGAAAAGACCAGCUCUGUGUGCCCGCAGCUCCGGCAGCCCAACCCUCCACAAGGUGGAAAGACAGCUCCCAGGGCUCAGCUUCCGCCUCAGCUUCCCCUUCUGUCAGCCAUGAUCAUGAUCAGCUUCUGCAUCACAACUGCAGAAUGAGCUCAUCUUGGGCAGCUCCAGGCACCUCCUGAGACCAUGCUGCUCCUGCUGGCCCUGAUGUCGUUGUUGCUGGGUGGGUCCCAGGCUGAGAGCCGGAAAUACCAGCAGUAUGGGUUUCCGGCUAAGCGGUGGGAAUACCACAUGGAGGUGCAGAAGCAGGUGGCAGUGCAGGAGGGCCAGUGUGUCCUCGUGCCCUGCUCUUUCUCCUACCCUGAUGUCUCCAGGAACUUGAACCCCAUUUAUGGCUAUUGGUUCAAAGAUGGAACCAACACAGAUAUAGGACAACCAGUGGCCACAAAUGACCAAAACAGAGACCCCCUACCAGAAACCAAGGGCCGAUUCCAGCUCGUGGGGGAUGUCCGUGAAAAGUACUGCACACUGCUUAUCAGAGAUGCCCAGUGGGGGGACCAGGGGUCAUACUUCUUCCGGAUAGAAAAGCAAGACCAGGUGAAGUACAAUUUCAACGCCUACAAGUUCAAGUUCUCACUAACAGUGACAGACCUGACUCAGAAACCGGAUGUCUUCAUGCCUGAGACCCUGGAGGCCGGGCGGCCCGUGACUGUGUUCUGUGUCUUUAACUGGAACUCCCAGCAAUGCCCAGCCCCUACCUUCUCCUGGAAAGGGCCCACCCUGGCCUCUGAAGGAACCAGAGCAACAGGUGCCCCCUACUCCAUGGUCAGCUUCACCCCAGGACCCCAGGACCAGGACUCAGAGCUCACUUGCCAAGUGAGCUUCGCCAGGAGGGACCUGAGCACACAGAGGACAGUCAGGCUGAGCGUGACCUACGCUCCCAGACAGCUUGUGAUCAGCGUUUCCCAUGACUACGGAUCAGUCCAGGAGAGUGAGGAAAACACCCCACACGUAGAAGCCCAGAAAGGCCAGGUCCUGCGGCUCCUCUGUGCUGCUGACAGCCGGCCUCCUGCCACACUGACCUGGGAACUGGAGGGCCGAGUCCUCGCUCAGUCCCCUCCCUCAGGUCCCAGACCCCUAAAGCUGGAACUGCUUGGGGUGAAGUCUGGGGAUGCGGGGCGCUACACUUGCCGAGCAGAGAAUGAGCUGGGCUCCCAGCACCGCACUCUGAACCUGUCAGUGCAGUAUCCUCCCGAGGACCUGAGAGUGACAGUGUCCCAAGCAAACAGCACAGUCCUGGAAAUCCUCGGGAAUGGCACAUCCCUGCCUGUCCUGGAGGGCCAGAGCCUGCGCCUGAUGUGUGUCGCCCACAGCAACCCCCCAGCCAGGCUGAGCUGGGCCUGGGGGACACAGACCCUGAACUCCUCAAGGCCCUCGGCCUCUGGGGUCCUGGAGCUGCCCCGGGUACAGAUGAAGCAUGAAGGAGAUGUCACCUGCCAUGCAGAGAACCCACUGGGCACCCGCAGUGUCUCUCUGAGCCUCUCUGUGCGCUACGCCCCCCAGCUGCUGGGGCCCUGGUGCUCCCAGGAGGCUGAGGGUCUGGGCUGCCAGUGCUCCUCCCGUGCCCGGCCUGCUCCUUCCCUGAGCUGGCGGCUCGGGGAGACGCUGCUGGAGGGGAACAGCAGCAACGCCUCCCUCACGGUCUCCACCAUCUCUGCCGGGCCCUGGGCCAACAGCUCCCUGAGCCUCCACGGCGGGCUGAGCCCUGGCCUCAGGCUCAGCUGUGAGGCACAGAAUGUGUAUGGGGUCCAGAGCGCCACUGUCCUGCUGCUGCCAGACGAGGCACCCGGCUCCACCGCCUUCUCCAAGGGGGUACUCCUGGGAACCGGCAGCAUGGCGCUCCUUUCCCUCUGCGUCAUUCUCAUCCUCAUGAAGGUUUGGAGGACCACGCGCACCCCAUCGGAGACCCCAGAGCGCAAGUUCUCUCGGAGCAGCACCAUCCUGGAAUACAUCAAUGUGGUCCCUAAAGCCAGGGCCCUGGCUCAGAAUCAGAAGGCCAAGCCAAGCGGCCCUUCCCAGGUCCCGUCUCCAAGAACUCACUCCCCAGCACCAAAGAAGAACCAAAAAGAGCAACAUUUAGUUUCCCUGGGCCCCUCAGUACCCAUCAUGUCCACUGACACCGCAGACUCUGCGUUCAGCUCCGAGGGGCUCCACUAUGCUACUGUCAACUUCCCGGACCGCCGACCAUGGGAGACCCAGCCGCUCAAGGAAACCCAGGAAGACUAUGCAGAGGUCAAGUUCUACCGAGGGUGUCCUGGGCUGUAGGAUCGGGACCUCGGCUGGGGAGGAAGGGUAAUAAAGAGGGCCAGAGAAAGAGAGCAAA